ACGCUGCCGCGCUCUGGAAAGGGAGGAACUGCAUACCUUGUUCCUCACGAUCAGAGGGGGUUAUAAAUUAAACGGCCUCCAGCAGUCCUUUUUCUUCGCUGUGGGUGGUGAUAUCAUUAAGACCGAGUGAAGUAAGGAACUACGGACGCGUCCCAAAGACGUGAAAAAGACAUCCUGCCCCUCUCAAACUUUGACCCACCCAGCGAUUUCCUCGCCCAAUUAUGUCUGAGCAAGGCAACUACAGCAAUUUGGAGUCAGACGGCUGUCCUGACUUCUCAAAGUUUGACAAUCGCUUCCAGUCUUUCCGGGGAUCCACCCUGGCUGGGCAAGUCCCGCCUGAACGGUUGGCGAGGGCGGGCUUUUACUUCACCGGCAACGCAGACCGCGUCCAGUGUUUCAGCUGCAAUCAGACUGUGGAGAACUGGCAUAGUGGAGACACACCUGUGCAAAGGCACAAGGAGGUUUCUCCAUCAUGCCGGUUCCUCGUGUGCUGCCACCCAAACAGCAUGAAGCCGAAUUAUAUUACCCCUCUCAUCUACGACGAAGUUGCAGAGGAUAUGCAGUACCGGGUGUCCACCGGUGAAGUGGUUGACGAGACCCUCUACCCUAGGAUACCUCACAUGAAGAGUGAACAGGCCCGUCUGGACAGCUUUUCUUCUUGGCCCUCCAAUGUGCUCGUAAGACCCAGAGACCUGGCUCAAGCCGGCUUCUACUACUUGGGACAGGCCGACCGGGUGGAGUGUUUCUGCUGCGGCAACAAGCUGAACAACUGGGAAAACGGAGAUCGCCCUUGGGAAGAACACGCCAAACACUUCCCCAACUGCUUUUUCAUCCUCGGCCACGACGUAGGGAACGCCCCGCUGCUGGACAACGCAGAUGAGCCGAUGUGGGAAGAUCAAAACGUGAACCAGGGGGGAAAUAUGGAGACUUUCGAGGGGAGGCUCAGUAGCUUCGCUCAUGUUCGGCACCCCGUCGACCACGAGAGGCUCGCGAGAGCUGGUUUCUACAGCACAGGGCAAGAAGACCAGGUGUUAUGCUUCCGCUGUGGUGGAGGUCUAAAAGGCUGGCAGCCCGAUGAAGACCCAUGGGAAGAACAUGCUAAAGAAUACCCAGGAUGCAGCUUCUUGUUGGAAGAAAAGGGAGCUGCAUUUGUCAACAGCAUUCACCUAAAAAGACAUGAACAAAGUAGUGCUGCUUCAAGUCACCAGAAUGGAUUUUCAACCAAUGAAAAAGAUGAGGACCCAAUGGAGAAACUAAUGAAGCUGCAGAGGGAAAAACGGUGCAAAAUCUGCAUGGACAGAGAUAUUUGCAUCGUCUUCAUCCCGUGCGGCCAUCUGGUCAGCUGCAAGCAGUGCUCGGAGUCACUCGUCAAGUGUCCGAUCUGCUGCGGAGCCAUCACACAAAAAAUCAAAGCCUACAUCGCUUAAGGGAAAAUAUAAGCUGCUGUCUAUCAUGGAUGCUGCUUUAUGUUCUAAAUGUUAUAAUUUAAAGCAGGUGUGGUAGGUAAGUUCUUCUAGGAGGGAAUUUCUAGAUUUCACGAAGAAUAGCAACAUAGACACAAUGGGUUAAAAGGUGGUUAUUACUUCUUUUUUUUUUAACUGACAGUUUGACUACCUAUAUGUGUAGAUGGCUUUGCGUUCCCCCUUUUUCCCACUCAUAAGGAAACUAUGCUUUAGCACCUAGUUGGCCUAAAAAAGUGUGUGUAUAUGUGUAUGAAUGUAUAUGUAUGCAUAUGAGGGGUUGUGAAACAAAUAAAUUAAUGUACUAGUUGAUGAUACGUGUAUAUUAGAUUCCCUGUAAUAUACUUACUGUUGUAAAUGCAUUUUAAUUAUACAUAUAUAUUUUAAGAAACCAAUAUUUUCACAAUCGCUUGGAUAGUAAAUAGUUGUAUAUUGUACUAUACAUACAUGUUGUUGUGUCUUUGUUUUAAUCGGUGUAACAUGCAUGUAAAUACACGUUUUGGGCAAUCAUGGUUUUCUUCCUUUCUCUAGUUUUGUGUGACGACUCUAAUUUUGCUUUAUCCUAAGUUAAGUGGCUGAGGGGUUUCAUUCACUUUCAUUCCUCUCACAUCGCAUAAGCUACUGCACAGACUGAGGUGGGAUUUGAAGACUGAGAUGGGAUUUUAUCAAGACAUUAUGGGAUUUUAGAUGUCAAUUUUUCAUCAUGCAAUCUUUUCUGUAAAUGAACUAAAUAAAUCUUUAAUAAUCUGA